UUUCAGCUUUGCUGGGGGUCGGGGUGCCUGUUCUGAGGGAAUAUCCGAAGAUCCAUUGGAGACAGAACCGACAUAAAACCUCAGUACCUGACCUGGUGCGGUGGGUGCUGAGCGUUUACGGGGGCCUGCUAUUGGAUUCCCCAUCAGUUUUGGAAGGUUGACUUAUGGUGCGGUAGUCAAAGGGGACACAAGAGCCGCGUCUGCUCCCUCACCUUUGCUUCUUCUUUUCCCCGAAGACCUUGCAUGUCUAAUUUUCAGACAUGCUCAGCUUUGCGGAUUCCAGGACUUUUCUGCUCAUUGUAGCAGCCCAGAUAUUUUUAUUAGCCUUUGUGAAAUGUCAAGAAGACCAAGAAUCUUGGAGUUGUAUCCAAGAUGGGCAGCACUAUAAUGACAAGGAUGUGUGGAAGCCCCAGGCAUGUCGCAUCUGUGUGUGUGACACUGGGAAUAUCCUGUGUGAUGAGAUUAUCUGCGAGGAGCUAAAAGACUGCCCAAACCCGGAAAUCCCAUUCGGAGAGUGCUGCCCGAUCUGCCCUGCUGACCACAGCACCCCCAUUGGGCCAGUUGGUGGUAAGGUGGUGGAUGGAGUAGCAGGCCCCAUGGGACCCCCCGGGGAGCAGGGACCACGAGGAAUGAGGGGUGAAAAGGGUGACAGGGGUAAUCCUGGCCCCCCAGGUAGAGAUGGCGAACCUGGCAUCCCCGGAAAGCAUGGCCCCGCUGGCCCUCCAGGCCCCCCAGGCCUUGGUGGAAACUUUGCUGCCCAGAUGGCAGGUGGCUUUGAUGAGAAAGCUGGUGGAGCUCAGAUGGGAGUCAUGCAAGGCCCAAUGGGCCCGAUGGGUCCUCGUGGUCCUCCUGGCCCCCCCGGCCCUCCAGGCCCACAAGGUUUCCAAGGCAACCCUGGAGAGACUGGAGAAUCUGGAGCAACGGGUCCGAUUGGCCCCCGAGGUGCCCCUGGACCCUCAGGCAAACCAGGAGAUAAUGGAGAUCCUGGCAAACCUGGGAAAGCAGGAGAACGUGGACCCUCCGGUCCCCAGGGAGCACGAGGAUUUCCGGGAACUCCUGGGCUUCCUGGCAUCAAGGGACACAGAGGUCACCCAGGGAUUGACGGUGCCAAAGGAGAAGGUGGUGCCGCAGGAGCAAAGGGUGAGGCUGGUUCACCUGGUGAAAAUGGUGCCUCUGGACCAAUGGGUUCCCGUGGCCUGCCCGGUGAGAGAGGUCGGCCUGGCGCUCUUGGUUCUGCUGGAGCCCGUGGUAAUGAUGGACUGCCUGGUCCCGCUGGUCCUCCUGGUCCGCCUGGUUCUGCUGGACCUCCAGGUUUUCCUGGUUCUUCGGGUGCUAAGGGUGAAGCUGGUCCUUUAGGGACUCGGGGGGCAGAAGGUCCGCCAGGAUCCCGUGGAGAGGCAGGGACCCCAGGAUCACCUGGCCCGGCUGGAGCGUCUGGUAACCCUGGUACUGAUGGAAUACCUGGAGCCAAAGGCUCUUCAGGUGCCCCUGGUAUUGCUGGGGCCCCUGGAUUCCCUGGCCCCCGAGGGCCCCCAGGACCACAGGGAGCAACAGGGACCCUAGGGCCCAAAGGACAGCAUGGUGAUCCCGGUGUCGCAGGAUUCAAGGGUGAAGCUGGACCCAAAGGAGAGCUUGGUCCUGUGGGUCCGCAAGGUGCCCCUGGUCCAGGAGGAGAGGAGGGCAAGAGAGGACCUAGAGGAGAACCUGGUGCAGCAGGUCCACUUGGACCUCACGGAGAGAGGGGUGCUCCUGGUAACCGUGGUUUCCCAGGUCAGGAUGGUGUGGCAGGUGUUAAGGGUGCCCCAGGUGACCGUGGAGUCCCUGGACUUUCCGGGCCCAAAGGUGGCAAUGGUGACCCGGGGCGUGCUGGAGAGCCUGGCCUGCCUGGUGCCAGAGGUCUCACUGGUCGCCCUGGUGAUGCUGGUCUUCAGGGCAAAGUUGGACCCACAGGAGUCCCAGGUGAGGACGGUCGCCCAGGACCCCCUGGCCCAUUAGGGGCCCGCGGCCAGCCCGGUGUGAUGGGAUUCCCUGGACCCAAAGGAGCCCAUGGAGAGCCUGGUAAAGCAGGACAGAAGGGACUGAUUGGGGCCCCAGGUGUACGGGGUCUGCCAGGCAAAGAUGGCGAGACUGGACCUACUGGAUCUCUUGGGCCUGUAGGAGCAGCUGGAGAAAGAGGAGAGCAGGGACAGCCAGGCCCCCCCGGCUUCCAGGGUCUGCCUGGACCUACUGGUGCCACUGGUGAAGCGGGCAAGUCUGGAGAACCGGGUCUCCCUGGAGAGGGAGGAGCUCCUGGUGUAGUUGGAGCCAGGGGUGAGCGAGGUUUCCCAGGCGAGAGAGGUACAGUUGGUCCCCAAGGUCUGCAAGGACCACGCGGUCUUCCCGGGAGUGCAGGAACUGAUGGACCUAAGGGAGCUAUUGGGCCUGGCGGCCCCCCCGGUGCCCAAGGACCCUCAGGCCUCCAAGGCAUGCCUGGAGAGAGGGGUACCUCUGGGAUAACUGGGUCUAAGGGAGACAGAGGUGACAAUGGUGAGAAAGGACCUGAAGGUGUCCAUGGAAAAGAUGGAUCGAGGGGUUUGACUGGUCCUAUUGGUCCUCCUGGUCCAGCAGGCCCUAAUGGUAUAAAGGGUGAAUCUGGUCCCUCCGGUCCUUCUGGAGUACCUGGGGCUCGCGGUGCUCCUGGAGAUCGUGGCGAGAAUGGCCCUCCAGGCCCUACUGGCUUCGCUGGACCCCCUGGUGCAGAUGGGCAGCCUGGAGCCAAGGGCGAGCAAGGAGAUUCUGGCCAGAAGGGUGAUGCUGGAACUCACGGCCCUCAGGGUCCCUCAGGAGCCCCAGGACCUUCGGGCCCCACUGGUCUUACUGGUUUCAAGGGUGCCCGUGGUGCUCAAGGUGCCCCUGGUGUAACUGGUUUCCCUGGAGCUGCUGGAAGAGUCGGCUUACCAGGUCCCAGUGGUAAUCCCGGCUUUGCUGGUCCUGCUGGCCCUGCUGGUAAAGAUGGUCCCAAGGGUGUUCGUGGAGACAUUGGUCUUGCAGGGAGACCAGGAGAGGCUGGCCUGCGUGGAGCUGCUGGGCCUCCUGGGGAGAAGGGAGAGCCUGGACCCGACGGGCCCCUUGGACCUUCUGGCUCUUCAGGUCCCCAAGGUCUUGCUGGAUCUCGUGGAAUCGUGGGUCUCCCUGGGCAACGUGGUGAAAGAGGUUUCCCAGGCCUCUCUGGGCCUUCUGGUGAGCCUGGGAAGCAAGGAGGGCUUGGCAGUGCUGGUGAACGUGGCCCACCUGGUCCCAUUGGACCUCCUGGCCUGACUGGACCUUCUGGUGAACCUGGGCGAGAGGGUAACUCUGGUAUAGAUGGACCUCCUGGAAGAGAUGGAGCUGCUGGGCUUAAGGGCGAGCGUGGUAACACAGGUCCUGCUGGCGCCCCCGGUGCCCCAGGCGCCCCCGGUGCCCCUGGUCCUCUCGGCCCUCUGGGCAAACAGGGAGACAGAGGAGAGGCUGGAUCCCAAGGAACAGCAGGGCCUCCAGGCUCAGCCGGGGCCAGAGGAAUGGCUGGACCUCUAGGCCCCCGUGGAGACAAGGGUGAGGUUGGUGAGGCAGGUGAGAGAGGACUGAAGGGACACCGAGGAUUCACCGGCCUGCAGGGUCUGCCUGGAUCUCCCGGUCCUGCUGGUGAGCUGGGUUUGACUGGGCGUGCAGGUCCUGCUGGAGCUCGGGGAUCUCCCGGUGCUGUCGGACCCCAAGGAAAGGAUGGAGCUAAUGGACUGCCAGGUGCUCUUGGCCCUGUGGGACCUCGUGGACGUUCAGGAGAGAAUGGGGCCACUGGUCCUCCUGGGCCUCCUGGUAUUCCCGGCCCCCCCGGCCCCCCCGGACCUGGCAUCGACAUGUCUGCCUUCGCAGGCUUCUCCCAAGAGAAGGGCCCAGAUCCCCUGAGGUACAUCAGGGCAGAUGAUGCAUCCAGCCCACUGCGAGAGCAUGACGUAGAGGUGGAGGCCACCCUCAAGUCUAUUAACAGCCAUAUUGAGAACAUCAUGAGCCCAGAUGGCUCCAGGAAGAACCCAGCACGCACCUGCAGGGACAUUAAACUGAGCUACCCUGACUGGAAGAGUGGCAAUUACUGGAUUGACCCCAACCUCGGCUGCACCUCGGACGCCAUUAAGGUUUUCUGCAACCUAGAGACAGGUGAGACCUGUGUCUCCCCCAAUAGUCGCAGCAUCCCGCGCAAGAACUGGUGGUCUAGCAAGACUAAAGACCGCAAACACGUCUGGUUUGGAGAGACGAUGAAUGGAGGCUUCCGUUUCAGCUAUGGCGGUGAGGACCUGCCAGCUAAAGCUGCCGAGAUCCAGUUUACGUUCCUGCGUCUGCUUUCCAAUGAAGCCUCCCAGAAUGUCACCUACCACUGCCGCAACAGUGUGGCCUACCUGGACCAUGCCACCGGCAACCUGAGGAAGUCCCUACUGCUACAGGGCUCUAACGAGGUGGAGAUCCGUGCUGAGGGCAGCAGCCGCUUUGCUUACAGUGUUCUGGAGGACGGCUGCACGAAACACACUGGGAAAUGGGGCAAGACUGUAAUUGAGUACAAAUCGUCGAAGACCUCGCGUCUUCCUAUUGUGGACAUUGCCCCUAUGGACAUCGGUGGUGAAGACCAGGAGUUUGGAGUGGACAUUGGUGCUGUCUGCUUCUUGUAAAGAAGAAUGGUGAAAUAUCAAAAGCCAUGAAGUAACUCAAAUAAGAAACCAAACGCAUAUUCCAAAACAAGGCAGAGAAAUAAGAAAAAUAAGUUUUUUUUUUUUUUUUUUUGGAAGAAAAAGGACUAUCCAAGUUGUGCUUCUGGGAUAUCUGCACUGAAUGGCAGCAGCACAUUCAGCUGUGCGUCGACUGUCUGCUGUGCGUCAACAUCAACAUCCCCAGUGCAACUCCUGCAGUCCACUUGUGGGUUCCACGGCCCCCCCCCCAAACCCCACACUGGGCAGACGUUACGCAGACAGGAAGGACACAUAAAAAUGUGUGAAGCACCUGGGAAAAACAACACAACUUGGUGUUAUUUAUUGUCAAAUCUUUCGGGUCAAAGUUGUGGUUAAACUGGAACACUAAGAAUCAAUAGUCAACACAUACUUCAUUACUUUCGUGUAUUCUUAUUUGCCCAGCUUGUGAAACGUACCAAACCUCCAGCCAAAAGGAAACCAGUGAUCUACCAAGUUUUAGAAAAUGUUCUUGUUUCCCUUUUUACAGCCGUCUAAAAACUUUUCAGUGGUGCUACUGUUGUAACACAGCCUGCAAUUUUAAACCACCAGAUAUCAAUCAAUAUUUACUUAUGUGUAUUUAUAUACACAUUAUGGAAAAUAUAUGUCAGUCUGGGACUUUUAUGUUGUUUUUCCGAUUUUCCAAUUCCCCACAAUAAAGAACAUUUUUAUA